AUGAAGAGCUUCGCUACCGUUGCGGCGUUCGCUGCUGGUGCGAAUGCCCUUAUUGGCAGGAGUAGCAGUUGUUGCUUUCACCUGACUGCAUCUGGAGGUGCUUCUGGGACUGUCGGACAGCUUGACGACGGACAGAACCGCAUCUACGGUGGAUUAGGGGAAGCAGAGUUCUGUAUCGACUCCAAUGGUGCUCUCACUGAUGGAAACGGUCGUGGAUGCAUUAUUACUGGUCCAACUACACAGUUUCAGUGUGAUGAAGGGGCCACGCCUAUGACUGGCUGGUCUAUCAACUCUCAGGGCCAAGUCUCGUACAAUGGUGAUGCGGAUUUCGUUGCAUGUGCGACUGGCCAGAAUGGCGGAUUGAAUAUCUAUACCACAGAGAGCUCCGAUGUGACUGGAUGCCAGGAUAUCGAGUUGUCUGCCGACUCUUGCUCUAGCUCUGUUUCUAGCUCUAGCUCAGUCGCAGUUCCUAGCUCCAGUACUCUUAUCCCUGGCCCAUCCUCUAGUGCUUCUGUACCUUCUGUGCCUGGUCCAUCCUCUAGCGCCCCGGUUCCUGGGUCCAGUGGAUCUGUUGUCACCCUUCACACGACUGUGACCUCAACUUACUGCCCCGAGUCAUCGACUGUGCCUGUUAUUCCCGGUACCCCCGGCACUCCAGGCACUCCAGGCACUCCAGGCGUUCCUGGAACUUCUGCUACCCCCGGAGUUCCUGGAGUCCCCGGUACCUCUGGUGUUCCUGGAACGUCUGGUACUCCUGGUGUCCCUGGCACAUCUAGUGUUCCAGUUAUCCCCGGCACAUCUGGCGUCCCUGGCGUCCCUGGCACAUCUAGUGUUCCAGUUAUUCCCGGCACAUCUGGCACCCCUGGCAUCCCUGGAACUUCGAGCGGACAGCCCUCCCAGACUGUUACGAGCGCUCAGCCGUCUGGAACAUCCACUGCAGGUGGGAGUUGCCCCACAGAUCUCUCUGGAGAAUAUGAAUACCCCCACUUGAUCAUCCCUAUCGACUCUACCUCGCCCGAUACGGCCGCUGGCACGUCUUUCAAUGGCACCAUCACAUCCACCACGUGUAGCCUUGUCUUCCUCUUUCCCAAGAAGGAGGAUCUUGAGACUUCGUCUUACUCCUUCAGCGGCGAUGGCAAGGUUGACUUCGCUUCCCUCCAAUCCGCUGCUACCCAGUCUACCACCUACAACAACGCCCCGGCAGUGAAGGAGGACUAUGGGGACUUCACUAUCGCCCCCGGUAACUCCUAUCUCAUCUCAAAUUUUGAAUGUCCGGCUGGUCAGGCCGUGAGCUACCAAAUGAAGAACUCCGGCAGCACCGAACUGGAUUUCUUUGAGGACUACAACCCAUCCCCUCUCGGUCUGUACAUCACCGUCUGCUAG